CUAUAUGUAUUGCCAGCAGAUAGAAUUCCUAGCACUACUUGCAACCAUUUUCACUUCUUCUCUCUCAAACUGAAAUACGUACACUCCCAUGGCACCUACAAAUUCCUUAGUAUUCACAGUCCGAAGGCGUGAACCAGAGUUAAUAGCUCCCGCAAAGCCCACCUAUCGAGAGUACAAACCACUCUCAGAUAUUGACGACCAAGAAAGUCUUCGUUUUCAACUUCCAGUAAUUCACUUCUAUCCAUACACACCCUCCAUGGAAGGGAAGGAUCCUGUCAAGGUUAUAAGGGAGGCAUUGGCAAAAGCCCUAGUUUUUUACCAUCCAUUUGCCGGUAGACUUAGGGAGGGGCCCGAUCGCAAACUUAUCGUGGACUGUACGGGGGAAGGUAUCAUGUUUAUUGAGGCUGAUGCGGAUGUUACACUUGAGCAGUUUGGUGAUGCACUCCAACCACCAUUCCCUUGCUUUGAGGAGCUCCUCUAUGAUGUUCCGGGCUCCAGUGGCGUGUUGAAUUGCCCGUUGAUGCUUAUUCAGGUAACUCGCUUGAAAUGUGGUGGUUUCAUCUUUGCCCUCCGCCUCAACCAUACCAUGAGUGAUGCUUCUGGUCUAGUGCAGUUCCUAACGGCUGUGAGUGAGAUGGCCCAUGGUGAAAGUGUCCCUUCAGUCAUGCCCUUUUGGGAAAGGCAUCUCUUUAAUGCGCGGUACCCUCCACGUGUGACCUGCACACACCAUGAGUACGAGGGGGCAGCUAAUACAGAGGGCACCAUCAGCCCACUUCAUGACAUAGUCCAGCGCUCUUUCUUCUUCGGCCCCUCUGAAAUAUCAACCGUUCGUAGUUUCCUUCCCCACAGCCUUCGUCAAUCUUCUACUUUCGAAGUGUUGACUGCGUUCUUGUGGCGAUUCCGCACCAUAGCUUUAGACAUAGAUCCCAAUAAAGAGAUGCGAGCCAUAUCCAUUGUCAAUGCCCGUUCGAAGUUCAAUCCUCCUAUAUCCAUGGGAUUUUACGGGAAUGGGUUUGCUCUUUCAACGGCUCUAACAACUGCUGGGAAGCUUUGUCAAAACCCAUUGGCGUAUGCAUUGGAAUUAGUGAAGCAGGCAAAGGCAGACAUAACAGAGGAGUACAUGAAAUCAGUGGCGGACUUGAUGGUGAUUAGGGGUCGACCCCCGUUCAUUAUGGAUGGAACAUUUUUGGUGUCUGAUGUAACACGAGCUGGGCUUAUAGAUGUGGACUUUGGAUGGGGCAAGGCAGUAUAUGCUGGAGUGGCAGCAAUUGGAGGUAAACUGAUGCCUUGGGUUAUAAGUUUUUUUAUGUGGUUCAAGAACAAGAGAGGAGAAGAGGGGAUUGUGGUGCCCAUUUGCUUGCCAACUCUAGCUAUGGACAAGUUUGUGAUGCUGCUUGAUAACAUGUUGAAAGAGCAGCCUCUUAGGAGUAAUAGUAGGCUGUAGAAGAGUUAAGUUUGUGUUAACGUAUGAGAUCAAGUCUAUUAACUAGUUAUGUUAGUUCUUGUGUAGUGCCCAGUUGCAAUUACUUUAUUUUGCUUUGUGGUGUAGCAGUUCAUGUUGGUAGUUUUUAACUUCUUUGUUUUCAGUGACUGUCAUAUAUAAGUUUUUGGUUUUUUCCUAGAAACAAUAUGUAUGUUUGAUGCUGUGAUUUUUUGAUAUAUCAAAACAUAUAUAAACUCAUGUAUUUCAU